AUUGUCUUAGUUUUAAAAAAUGGCAGAGGGUGGUAGCAGAAAACGAACCUCACUUACUCAAGAUGAAGCUGAAACAUCUCACAGUCAGAAGAGUCACAGUGAUGCUUCUCAUGAUGAAUAUGAAUCUCCUGAUGAAGGAAGCAUCCACAGGGCCCCAAAGUUCACAGAUGAUGAAACAGACACCCUCAUUGACCAAGUUAUUCAUCAUACAUGUCAGCUAUUUGGUCCCGAAGCUUUUAAUGUACACCAGAAAUUUAAAAAUAAUACUUGGGAAGAAAUAGCAAAAUCUGUGUCUACAGCUCGAGAUAUACAUCGAACUCCUGAAAGCUGCAAAAAGAGACUACGUGACUGUAAGAGGAAGACAAAUCAUAAAAUAAAGUGUAGAAGAAAACUCCAAAAGGUUUGGGAGAAAAAACUAGAAGAGCACUUUAGAAUGGUACAAGAUGACGAGAGGCCACCCACUGGUUCCCAGGAACUUAAGGUUGCUCAAGAAAAAAAUCAAAAGAAAACACAUAAGAAAAAGCAGAAGAAUUUGGAAGAGCAACAGUCUGGUUCCUUUACAACAAUUUCAAGGAAAGUUUCUUUUUCUGAAACAAAAACAGUUAUGACAGACAAUUUUCCUCCAACUGCGGAUGAACCAUCAGUGAUGCCACAUAUUUUAACAUUGGACAAUCCUUCCAUGGUGGACGAACCAUCAAUGCUGCAUCAUGAUGCAACAGCGGACCAUGCUACCAUGUUGGACCAACCAUCAAUGCUGCAACAUACUUCGACAGUGGAUGAUACUUCCUUUGUGGCCGAACCAUCAAUGCUGAAACAUUCGGCAAGAGUGGAUGAUCAUUCCACGGCGGACCAAACAUCAAUGAUGCAAGAAUAUUCUUCUGUGGUUCAAAGUUCCACUACGGUAGAGACUUCCACGGUAAAUGAAACAUCCAUGAGGCAAGAACAAUCAACAAUGGAUGAUCCUUUCAUGGAGGAAGAAAAUUCAACCAUGCUAAACCCUUUAAUGUUAGAUAAAGCCAUAGAAAGCAACAUGGUGACUGCCACACAGACACAGGAUAACAUUAAUGAGGAGCCUGUAUUGCACAGCCAGAAAAGUAAUAUUGAUACAGAAGAUACCAACCAGGUGGAAUUGAAUGCAGAGACUGCACAUUCUAGUGUAAUUGACCAUGGUCUUCAAGACCAAUUCCUGGACUCUACAAAUCAAGAACUUUUUAUACACACAGAAUGUGACGUUAGCAGAUCACAAACCAUUAGCCAACAGGAUUCUUUAAAGGAAACCAUGCAGCUAAUUGAGAGGAAUAGAAAUGAAGAAAUGAAAAAAAUUGAACAUCAAAUAAAUCAGCUGAAUAAUAAUAUACAGAUUCUCAACACAACACAAAGACAACAGAAUCAAGCACUUGUCACUCUUGCAAAUUUUUACGAUCAUCUUGUUUCAUCACAGAAUGUGGCAGCAAUCAACUACCAACAGAUGCAGCACAGUAUAAAUCAAAUGCUAGCAUGGCAGUAUGAGACUAUUACCAUCACACGCAUGAUUUCCACUUUCAUGCAACUGUUGACAGAAGAAAGACAAAGAAUGUCCAGAUCAGAUAAUCCUUCUUGUAUAUCCAAUGCUACAGCAGGAACCUUUGUAUCCAGCUGUACACGUGGAGACUAUGUAACAAGCUCUACACACAGAGAGUAUGCAACGAGCGCUGCACCUGGAACCUAUCUAUACACCACUUUACCAGGAGAAUCUGUAUCCACCCCUGCAGCAGGAACAGAUGUAUCCACCACUUUACCAGGACCCUAUGUAUCCACCACUGCAACAGUAACCUAUGUAUCCACCACUUUACCAGUAUACUCUGUAUCCACUGCUGCAGCAAGUACCAAUGUUUCCACCACUUUAACAGGACCAUAUGCAUCCUACACUUUACCAGGACCCUAUGUAUCCACCACUGCAGCAGGACCCUAUCUAUCCACUACUUUAACAGGACCCUAUGUAUCCUCGACAUUAUCAGAACCCUAUGUAUCCAUCCCUGCACCAAGACCCUAUGUAUCCACUACUUUAACAGGACCCUAUGUAUCCUCGACAUUAUCAGGACCCUAUGUAUCCAUACGUGAAACAGGACCCUGUGUAUCCUCCACUUUUGCAGGACCCUAUGCAUCCAUCCCUGCACCAAGACCCUAUGUAUCCACCACUGCAACAGAACCCUAUGUAUGCACGACUGUAACAGGACACUAUGUAUCCUCAACUUUAGCAGAACCCUAUGUAUCCAUCCCUGCAUCAAGACCCUAUGUAUCCACUACUUUUACAGGACCCUAUGUAUCCUCCACUUCAGCAGGACCCUAUGUAUCCACCACUGCAACAGAACCCUCUGUAUCCACGACUAUAACAGGACACUAUGUAUCCUCAAUUUUAGCAGAACCCUAUGUAUCCAUCCCUGCAUCAAGACCCUAUGUAUCCACUACUUUUACAGGACCCUAUGUAUCCUCCACUUCAGCAGGACCCUAUGUAUCCACCACUGCAACAGAACCCUCUGUAUCCACGACUGUAACAGGACACUAUGUAUCCUCAAUUUUAGCAGAACCCUAUGUAUCCAUCCCUGCAUCAAGACCCUAUGUAUCCACUACUUUUACAGGACCCUAUGUAUCCUCCACUUUAUCAGGACCCUAUGUAUACAACAACUUACAUGGAGACUAUGUAUCCACUGCUUAUAGAGGCCUCAAUGUAUCCACCACUGCACCAGGGCCCUAUUUAUUGAAGCCAAAACCAGGACACUCAGAAUCCACUACUGGACAAAUUGCCUCAGAAUCCACCGCUGACUCAGGACCCUCAGAAUCCACCGCUGCAACAGGAAAGUAUAAAUCCACCGCUGCACCUGUACCCUCUGAAUACAGCCCUGAAAACACAAAUUUGAGAAGCAUAGCUGUAGCAUCAGAAGUGCAUUCAAGAUUGCAAUUGGCUUAUCGACCUAGCUCAAGCUAUGAUGAGAAUAUGGAUCUUCGAGUCAGAUUAGAGCGUGCAAAUAUUCAAAUUCAACAUUGGAAGAGACAGGAAGCUAACGAUGAGGAUGAAGCUUAAAUAUUAAAGAUAUGUCACAAACGGUCUUGCGAGCCAGGGUGAAGGAACUGAAGACAGAGGGAUACAGAGUCAUCCAUGUGUCCUGUUUGAAAAGA